UGAUGUCACAGCUGGCGGUGCGUUGGGGCCGCCUAGGCCGGCCUGGUCCAACCGCCAAUGCGUGGCCCAAACACACAACGCGUCUUCAAUCAUCAAUCACGCCAAUUGUCGAUAGCAGUUUGGCCUACAUGGCAAAGGAUACAAUCCGUUUCCCAAGCAUAUUGCUCUUAUGAUCUCAUAGAUUGAGAAAAUGCUGUGUUCGUCCGAAGUCUUUUGUUCAAGAGCUCUCCGCUUGACGACAAGUUGACCAAACACGCCAUGUCAGAAGCAGGGCUUCAAUCUUCCAAACGUCGUCGACUUAAUUCUUCAUCUACGGUAUACCAAUCUGGCACCGUAAAGAGACAACGACGCUUCCGUCCGAAACGAAGGAGCAUACGCAGGGUUAUUCCAGAAACGCCGGAGAAGAAGAGACAGAAGACCUUGACACAGGCGCAAUGGCUCGAGAAUGGACGUGAAGUGCAAUCUGAAGAAGAAGAAGGGGAAGAAGAAGAAGGGGACGAAGAAAAGGAGGGAGAAGGAACAUUGCUGUUCGGUGAUACUGAUGGUCCCACGCCGGCUGUUGGCCCAACCGUGUACGACGGACAAAGGGCAGGCAAUAAUCGAGGACCAAGACGAAGACGAGUUAGACUUAUAGCCACCCCAUCUGACGAUGACGAUUUCAGUGCACACGGCGACACCUCCCGUAAUGCUAUGGAAAGAAGGCAUACCUCUAGGAGUCAAAGCACCCUGACUCAACUGGAAGACUUUCUGACUGAGGAUACUGUCCUUUCAGCCCGUUCAGUGACCCCAGCAGGCUCUGCCGCCACACGGAGGAAGAAGAAAGAUAGUUUACAACGGCAUAAGCAGCGCACGUUGACGCAGAUGCUAGAAGUCCCUGCAUCGGACGAUGAGGAAAUGGCUAUGAAUGACGCUGAGGACCAGGAUGAAUGGGCCGUACAGGGCACUGGCACCGAUGUUGAGCUGGGUACUCAGGACGAUACACACAGCGUCGCCUCUGAUGCCAUACCUAUGGCUUCCGACUGGAGUCCGGCCUCAAAAGAUGCUCUUCGAGUACCAGAUGAUAUUAGACAUGCCCGAAGGCGAGCUUUACUGGCUACCCAAAUCACUCAGAAUCAAGAUAACAUUAAUCCCAAUAUUGUGUCACCCGAAAAACGACGAUCUAUGCACUCCACCGGCCAUGUACUUGCUACUCCGCAGAAAUCUAAACGACGAGAAAUUCCGUCUUCGCAGUCACCAGCAUCUUCUGCGAUCACAACGCUAGGAACAGAUCGAUUCUACGACUCGCCGGUCAAUGCACGGGUACGAGAAAUCGUUCAGGAAACUCCUUCAAAGAGCAGAAGAACUCAAAGAGUGCUCUUCGCGGACUCUGCGUCAGGCUCUUCUAGUGGCAGUACUCAGAUCAAAGAUGAGCCUCUGAGCUCAGCCAAUAUCACAGUCUCUUCCCCUGCGCCGCAAAGUCUGCAGAUGGUUGAUGCGGUUCCCAAGGCUAACCAACGAACAAGUACCAGUACGCAAGUCAACAAGCGCACCAUGUUCCGAAAUGUCAUUCCACCGUCACAAGACGAAGAACUUGUAGAUGAGUCGCAAGGCCAUAACUUGGUCACGAUGGAUGAGGAUUCUGAAGCAGACCUGGGCUCCAAUAGUAAUGCAAUUGUAGGAUCGGAAGACGGAGACAGGCUCUCAAAGCUAGCACAAACGCAAGGGUCACAGAAUGGAAGUUCCAGGGCCAAUCCGGUCUGUGUUUCAACUGCGUGUUCGAAACCAACGUAUGGAUUACAGGUGCAAGAUAUUUCUGCUGCUUGUCACCACGAGUCAGAACUUCACUCCAUUGACCUAGAUUCUCCUGCCUGCCCAUGGCAUGGUCCAGAUCCUUUACCGCGGCUUCCCAUCGCGGAGAAAAAGGGUAUGCCCGUUUCGGAAAACAGAAGUGUUCAGGAGCAAUCCCAAGGUAGCGGAAGCUCGCAGGCAGAAGCGCAAUUGCACGAAGAGAUGAAGACUUACAGUCAACGGAAAGCAGGCAGACAUCUCAAACAGCGCGCGAUGAGAUACCCAUCACAAGCCACGACUAUCGACAUCACUCAAGCAACGCAGUCUCUUGUCACUACAACUGUGACAUGCAACUCUUCCCAACAAGUCCCGCCUCUAAGCACUGCAGCAAACAGUGGAGAGUCUCUUGCACGUCCGCCCGAUCUGAUCAUACCUUCAUCUCCGAUUCAAAUACUCCCACCUCCACUAUCAUCCCCUCCGAUCGAGCUAGUUGAGGACUCACAAUUCGGAGUUGACAAGGGUCGACGUUGUUCCAUGGCACCAGCCAGUCUGGGUCUCUGGAGCUUACCUGCCCCUCCGCCGUUGGACAGUGAUGAAGAAGAGGAAGGUUAGGGGUAUGGAAGUUUGUAGACAAAGCACGAGAGUGACACGAAAAUGAGAUAAACGAUGAAUUUCUAUCGAACAUCUGACAGACUAUGUAUGUACGAGCUUUGUAUGCAAUAGACGUCGUAGGAGCUCGCAGUUCUACGUUCGCGGAU